CCGUACCUGCAUACAUACGUCACAACCACCCGUCAUUAAAUUUGCAAUAACCGGCGGCAUUCAGUUUAAGCUCCUCUUAGGAAAAUUGUCAGAUGAUUUGGUGUUGUGUCGUUUUAGUUAAAACUUCAGCAGUAACAGGUUGAAACAUGCUGCUAUGGAUACGUAACUAACGUUCCACUUGCAUAUUGUCAUGGAUCUUUCAGAAUAGACUUUGUCCUCAGAUAUCAUCGUAAGCUUCAGCCACCGGCGCCGAAUUAUCACUCUUUUACCAGUCAACACCAGAUACUAAAUCAGCCCUUCGACUGUCACUUGAUCAUGAUUGAUCAUGAUUAUGGUUUCAAUUUGAUAUUGAACGUACACUUCUUCGCGCGUCCAUGCGCUGAAGUAAAUAUCCACGAUGCCUUAAGGUAAGAGACCAGUAUCUUAGACCGGAUCUCCCAAUACAUGUUAGGUAUAUAAGGGCGUCCGCAUCUUUCACAUAGUCGAAUAGUCGAAAGAAUAAUCCCACACAGACCAUAUACUUCAAUAUUCCGUAUAACUAAGCAUUUUGAUUUUCCGCAUUGCGAAAACCUAGGUAUAUUUCGCAAACCUCUUACUUUCCCACUACUUUCCCUGUCCUACACUGACUACCUAGGUAUCGGUAACCUGCCCACCAUGGACAACAAACGUUCUCAUCGCGAGGACCCGGAUGACUCAGACGGCGGAAAUGAAAUCAAGAAACAAAAGCCCCUGCUCGAAAACACCAAAAAUAGCGGCACGGCCCAGUCCGAUCCAAAGUCAAGCAUAUUCGGCGACAAGUCGGAAACCAAGCCUGCGCAGGACCAGGAGAUCGUGAUCCCAGACGAGGCCGCCCUUCAGAGGAUGCGAGAGCAACAGUUCGAAGAAAGAACGACGAGGGCUUACGACGUGCAGUGCUCGAAAGGGAUCUGGGACUGCGCCCUCGGCAUGGAGAUGCCGAGCAAGGACAUGCAGCCGAUGUACAUCGUGUCCCCGGACGUCGGCAGCACAUUCAUGGAAGCCGCCUUCGGCGCGGACUGCGGGGACGAGCGGUACUCGCCUCUGAACGGGCUAGUCGUCAACCGCUCGGUAAAAGAGGCGCUCGAAGCCGGCGCGCUGGUCAUCGUCCCCGACCUGCCGAACUACCCGCUGCCCCGCCACGUAGAGAGGUGGAGGAAGUCCGAGCCGCGCCAGUACAAGUUCCGGAUCACGCAGCCGGAGAUGACGGAGUACACGCGUCGGGGCAACGGUGUCAGCGUGGUCGGGCGUCUAGACGAAAGGCUCCUCGAAUUCAAGGGCGACUUUCGGCCUAGGGCGCGGUUCUUGCACUUCCUGUUCCACGUGACGAUGCUGAAGCGUAAAACGGGGAUUACGGAUGACCUGUGGUUGGCCCAUCUGUUUAGGAUACACAGCGGGAAGUUCAAUACGAUGUACUGGGGCGUGCGAGACCCGCGCGCUCUAGGUCGAGACCCUGCGAAUGUGGAGAACUUUAAGACUUUGCUUGAGGGGCCUAAUUUGGGUAGAGGGUAUGAGAGUGACGGGGAUGACGAUGGUUACGAUUAUCGGCUAUUCUGGCAGAGUUCGGUCGAUUCCCCCGUGGACGACAGCGACAGUGACGGCAGCAUCGUAUACGCAGAGAGAAGUCUCUGGUUGGAUUAGCUAUGGAUCUACAUUGCGCUGUUUGCCUAUCACACGAUUGUGUAUAUGUUGGGGUGUUAGUAUCAUAUCCAGGCAACGUAGUGUGGGUUUAUAGAACUGGGUAGUGGCUGUAGGGACUACAUCAUUGUUUUGAAAGGAGUUUAUGCAAGUGGCUUAAUGCCGAGUUGUAUAGGAACGCUAUACACACAUUUUUCAUAUAGAAAUGUGCAACGGUUAUCCACCAAAGUUAACAGGGCCAACAUGAUCCUGGAGGGCUGGACAUUUUGGGAUCUGAAAAUUAUCUACAUCUCCUAUGCUAUGAGCAACACUGGGAGGUAGUUUAUAUAGGGUACGAAUAACAUGGUGCGGUAGAAACCGCUUUCAA